CACCAGCAGAAGAAGAAACGUGCGGAAGUAACUCGCUGGUCACUAAGCGAUCAAGCGCGCCGGAGUUGAAUCUGAUCGAUCGUUUCACCCUCGCCCCCUUUUUGCUUUUUCUGUUCCUGCACCACUGACACGAGACAAAACUAUCGCGCCGUUGAUCAUAAACGCGUCUACGCGAACAACUAAACAGGCGUUAGCUUAGCUUGCUAGCGGCCAACGACGUAAAAAAAGGACGUUCAAAUUGCCACCGAGCAGGGAGCCAACUCGAUCGCCGCAAUAUGUGUAAAGUCAACAUAUUGAGGGAAUUAAUGAAGCAGCGACUCAACCUCGCCGUGGAGGAAAUCUAUCAACUUUUUGAAAGAACCAUAAUGGAGUACGAGGAGGAACUUAGUCGAACAAAAGAGGAGAAAGAGCGACAAGGCCAACUGCUGGGCGCCGUUUUAAAGUCUCAUGGCGGAAUACCGCAGGCUGACAUACAGGAGGUGUUGUUGAAGAGCCCCGGAGAGGAGCCAGUCGCGGCGCACCCCCUCAUUAAAAAGGAAGAGGAGGAUGUGUGGAACUGUCUGGAUGGGGAGCAGCCUCGGUUGCCAGAAGAGGAGGAUGCUGACGUCACAUUCACGCUCCCCGACGAAGCUCACCGACAUUCGGACCCAGAGAGCACUUUCGCUCCGCUCUCAGAUAUAGACGACGACUGCGAUUACGGAAGAGAGGAAUCCUUUCGUUGCUCGUUUUGUCACAAAAUAUUCUCGUCCAAAGGAAAUAUGAAGCGACACAUGAAAUCGCACCAACAAACACAGAAAGCGUUCGCCUGCUCCGUUUGUACGGAAAGUUUCCCAACUCGAGGGCUGCUUCUUUCGCACAGGAGACGACACGGCGCCAACAGCUCCGACAACCAGAAGUUUGACUGCUCCGAAUGCGGGAAAACAUUCGCCAAGCUCGCCCGUUUAAACAGACACAUGGCAAAACACACCGGAGAGAAACCGUUCGCGUGCUCGUUUUGCGGUAAGAAAUUCACUUGGCAUUAUGCUCUAAAAAGACACAUGAGGUCACACUCGAGCAGGGAGCAUUUCUCGUGUCCGGUAUGCGCGAAAGGGUUCACGACCAAAUGGUACAUCGCAGUACACAUGAGAACGCACACCGGCGAGAAACCCUUCCAAUGCGACGUGUGUCAGAAGCAAUUUCAUUUUAAGAAUGGGUUCAAGAAACACACUUGCGUCGGGGACAACCAGAACGCAGUCAAUGACGACGAAGGACAGCUGGUAAGCUCACGUGGUUUGUCUAAUUGAAGUUAAAAAACAAAAA